CAAAUUCCAACCCAAUGUCGAAUUUUCCAGGUUCGCAUCUUUUUCCGAACCCAAACCAUUGCGCCGGGUGCCGAUCGAGCGUCGAGGAUGAGCAAGAGCAAGCGUGCCGCCGACGGUGCGCCGCUCGUCCACCCUUCGCGUCAGAAGCGUGUCAAGUACUCGGAACAGGACGUGCAACUCGCCCAAAUCUACAACGACUUGGCCGACGAGGUUCAAUCCGUCAGGAUCCAGGCCGCUGGCGAGUUACUUCGGGCACUAUCGGCCGAAGCGUCCGAUCAACGUCAGCGACUCGACACCGCCGAGACACGACUAAUUCGCGGUCUUUGCAGCGGACGAAAGGCUGCACGAUUAGGCUUCUCCAUUGCGCUUGCCGAAGUCUUUCGGUUGAAGUUUGGUGUCAGUGGGGAAGCGAUCCCUCUGCAAUCUACCGUCGACAACAUCAUCACAUUGACCACCGUUACCGGCAAUGUUAGCGGCCAGGAGAAACGAGACUAUGGACUGGGCCGCAGAUUCGCCUUUCAGGCUGUGCUUCAAAGCGACAUUGGCGUUGCGAAGCGCUUGCCAUUAGACGAAUGGAGGUACCUCAUCAAGUGUGUCUAUGCUCUCGCUGCUCAAAAGCAAUGGCUCCGACGGGAAUGCGGUGCUGUGGUGCAUGAUUAUCUCAUCAGUCUGACCAGCUCACCCGACCCAUCUCGCAUCCAACCAUUCAUCGAUGAGCUCGUCGAGCACAAGCUGGCCAAGACGCCGGAAGGUGUAGGGAUAUGGCUGGAUGUGAAGGAGCGCUUCCCCGCGGUCCGACUUCCCAAAAACGUCUGGGAACACGAGGAUCCAUUGUCCGGAAAGGAGCGGGCACUGCUUGCGAAAGUGAUGCUAGAGACCGCCGUCGACGACGAUGAUGCGCCUUCCAAAAAGGCGGGGUCUCGACAGGCUACUCCGAGCUUCGCAUGGUCUGUUUUGCUCCAUCGAGUCUCUGCGCAAGCGGAUGUGAAGCGUUUCCGCAAAUUCUGGGACGCUGUGGCCGCCUCUAUGUUCUCUCCCUCGGCCUCCGCCGAACGAAAAGCAUUGGGCUUCCAAGUGCUUUCACUGAUUAUCACUGAGGCCGAGUCACACAUUGUCGAGACGGUCUUGAGUUCUGUCGAGGUGCUGCAAUGCAUCAUUGACUCUCGUGCAAAUCCCGAAAGGUAUCUUUUCGAUGCUGUGAGGACACCCCUCAAUCACAUCACUGCCCGGGCAAAGCAGGACAAGGGUCUAUCAUCAAUACUAUUCAGCGCACUCGUCGAGCAUGGCGCUGCAAACUUUGAUCAACUUACCAAGACGAAGACUGUCGAAGGCAUUGUGGCGGAAGCAGAUACCGAUGCGCUCUUGGAAAUAGCCACUUUUGCCAUAAAGUUGAUCGAAAGGUCCGGACUGACCGACCCGAGAGCAGUCGAGAAUCAAAGACGAGCACUCGCAGACCUCCUAGUCAGUGCGGUCCGGACCCAUCGAUUGACUGGGCUCGUGACUUCAACAGAAAAGGCAGUGACACUAGCUCCUUGGAUCCGUCAUGUUCUGAAACAGUUCAUGGACCUGGGAGAAGUUGCAGACGACGCCGUACCAAAACUCACAGAGUCAAGUCGAAGCGUGUUCCGCAAUAGACUCAUGUCCUGCUUGGCGACCUUUGCUGAAAUGCCACUCGAGCACGCUGUCAUCGCGAACCAAUACGUCUCCAAGCUGGCAUCAAAGUCCACCGCUCUUCGGGAGAAGCUACCGAGCAACGCACUUGCCGCAGUGGAAAGCGCGGGUGCUAUUUCGAAGCAAAUCGCCGCAAGCCAGCAGAGCAACGCAAGCAUGCAGGCUUUCCAACUUCUUAUAGGUCUGACCAUUCUCCAGGUCUGUCACGAGGAGCCAGACAGCUUGCCAGCACUGGAAGAUCUGCUCGCCUGCUAUCAAACGAUUGGACAGGGCGACUCCACGACCGUGCUCAUCGAACUCUUGCUUAGCUUCAUCUCGAAGCCGUCGGCACUCUAUCGAAAGCUUGCCGAACAAGUCUUCUCGGCCUUCGCGGCGCAGUUGAAUGCAGAGGGAUUGGAGUCAUUGAUCGAUGUUCUGCAGCAAAAGGAAAGCUUAAAGGGACAGCAGGCGAUGUUUGAGACUGUCGAUGAAGAUGCAGACCAGCUUGGAAAUGGUACUGAUGAGGACGAGGAAGACUCCGAUGACGACGACGACGACGUCGAUGGAGCGAUUGACGUCGAAGACGAUUCCGACCUGGAGCUCGUGAACGGGAACAUUGUCGAGAAAGACGAUGAAAGCGAGUCUUCCUCGCAAUCCCAAGAAGAGGAUGACGCAUCCGCCGAGGAAGACGACGAAGAAGCCAUCUUCGACAAGAAACUCGCCGAAGCGCUCGGCACAUCAGGCAUGGACGGCCCCUCCUCCGACGAGGACGGCUCCGACAUGGACGACGAGCAAAUGAUGGCCCUCGAGCCCCACCUCACCACCAUCUUCAAAGAGCGACAGAAGGUCACGAGCAAGAAACAAGACCACAAAGACGCCAAGGAGAAUAUCGUCAACUUCAAGAACCGCGUGCUGGAUCUGCUGAUGAUUUACGUCAAGAGUCAGUACGACAGCGUCCUGGCUUUGGACUUGAUCUUGCCUCUUACAAGCUUGAUUCGCACAACGGGCAACAAGGCAACGGCGGAGAAGGCCUUUGCUGUGCUGAAGCAGUACUUUGAGAGCUGCAGUAAGAACAAGCGUCUGCCCGUGCCUGAGAAUGAAGCCGGCCAGAAUCACGAGGGGUGCUUUGAGCUUUUGACGGCUGUGCAUGAGGAGGUGCAAUUAGAUGGGUCGAAGCUGCAUGCGAAUGCGUGCAGUCGGUCUAGCCUGUUCUUGUGCCGAAUCAUCGUGGCGAUGGAUCCGGAGUUGUAUGACAGGAUUGCCAGCAUGUAUGCCUCGUUGCAGAGCGAGUGGUACUCGCAUCCGUCGUCGAGGAUUCCGAGCAGCAUGUUCACUGAGUGGACGAGUUGGUCGAUUAAUACCAGGAGGAAUCAUUGAAGCAGAUGCCAUUCGGCGUGGAUAGAGGU